AUGGCACUUGCCGUAUGUCUGUUCAUAGCGAAGUCUACAGCUUGUAUGUGGCCUGCAUCAGACGUCCUUUUCAUUAUUGAUGGCACCCUUAGCCUGGAUCAGUUCCAGUUCCAAAAAGAAAUUUCUUUCAUAACCCAGGCGCUUUCCAGUAUGAAGAUAUCAGAACAAGGACUGCAAUUGGGCCUUGCACAAUUUACUCCCAGGGGAAGACAAGAAUUUGGCUUGGACAAGGUGAAGAGCAAUGUAGAAGCUCGAAAAGCAUUAGAGCAGGUACAGUUCUCACCAUGCGACCUGCUCUCAGACAGAACCCGCUGCACUCCGCGAGCCAGUAUCAACUCUCUCGCCGGAGAGGCUCUGCAGACAGGAAACCGCAAGUGGUUGCCGGAUGUAGUAGUGGUCAUAUCGAGUGCCACUUAUAGGAUCCCUGAAAAGGUGAGUUGA